AUGAACCAAGGAGAUGAGAAAGCCAGUGCAGAAAUGGAGAGAGAGGUGAACUCAGAAGAAGCCAGGAAUAGCAAGAAGAAUGUAGGCAACACAGCAACCAAGAAACGGGAGCUGUCCAUGGUGCUGAUUCUGGUAACGGUUGCUUCCUGUCUCAUACCUAUGCAGCAUGGCUACAAUCUGAGGGUACUCUACAACACUGUUGGGCUCCUGCCAAGCUUCUAUAACAUAACAAGACCUGAAGAAGCAGAUUUUCAGAUUUCCCUUCUGUCUAUCACCGUGACUAUGUUUCCACUCGGAGCCUCCUUUGCAACCAUUCCUGCUGGUUGGUUGUUAGAUAGAUUUGGCAGGAAAGUUGCACUGUUCAUAACUAACCUUUCAGCAAUUAUAUUUUAUGUUGUGAUGAUAAUCUCACUUUCAAUGCAUAAUCACGGAUACAUCAUCUUUUCACGUCUCUGCUCUGGAAUAAGCACAGGAAUAUGCUUCUGUGUUGGUCCUCUCUAUCUUGGCGAGAUCUCCCCUAGAAGCCUGAGGGGAGGCAUUAUCAUGAUGUACCAACUGUUUUAUUUGUUUGGUUUCCUCGUGGCUCAGAUACUUUGUCUUCAAGAAGUCUUGGGGACGGGAAAAGGAUUCCCAACUCUGAUAAAACUUUUUUGUGUUAUGCCAUUUCUUCAGUUGCCUCUACUGCCCUUCUUACCUGAAAGCCCUCGGUACCUACUCAUUCAGAAGAAGGAUGAAGAGAGCUCAAGGAAAGCACUGAAGAAACUAAGGAACAGAAAUGAUGUGGAGGAUGAGAUUGAAGAGCUCCAUCAGGAGGACAUUGUUGAAAAUUCAGAAAAGAACAUGAAACCUCUUAAACUGCUAUGUGCCAAAAAACUGCGAAGGCAAGUCAUUGCCAUAAUUGUCGUGAUGGUUGGACAACAGUUCAGUGGCAUCAGUGUGAUGCUUCUCCAAGUGUUAGAAAUAUCAAACUCUGUAACACAAGGAGAGGGAAACUGUAGGCUUGUGGGUAUUGUUGGGACUCCAGCUCUCAUUGGCGAAGCCAAUAUGGCCAGUGGUCAGGGAUAA